GCCUCUACUUUAGGCGUUGUUGAAAAUUUUCAAAAUAUCGAUACUGAAAGAUAGAAUUUCCAACGGCGCGGGAAGCUAAGCUGACAAAAAUUUUCUCACUUUCCACCGAUCCGAAACGCCUUCCAGAAAGAAAACGCCAUUAUCGGCCGACCGCCAUAGCUUCCGUUACAGAAUUAGGGCUUCAUAUCUGAGAAGUCGGAUAGGGCUUGAAGGAGCAAACAGAUAAAACGCGAUUUCUCUUCGUUGUCUUCACAUUUCGAGUCUUCAAUGCCGGACUCCGACAUUCUGCAUGUUCAUUACGAAGUCGAAGAUGUUGACGACGGGGGAGGAGAAGAAGAAGAGGAGGAGGAGGAGGAUGACGACGACGACGAGGAGACUGACGAAAGUGAGGAAACAGUAGAAGGGCAUGCGGAAGAAGGAGUUGAUUAUGUUCCUGAGGUGUUGCAAUCGCCUAGGGCUUCACAAACGGGUACCACCGGAUCUGCUCAAGCUAGGGUUUCGUUUUGGGUUGAGGAAGAGUUAGACAAGCGGAGAAGGACCGAGGGAGGUGAAGCGAGUUCUUCGCAGAAUGAAUGGAAUCGGAAUGAAAAUGACGACAUGAUUUGCUCUAUUUGCAUGGAUGCGUGGACCAAUUACGGUGAACAUCAUAUUUGUUGUCUUCCUUGUGGGCACUUGUAUGGCAUGUCUUGUAUCAAUAGAUGGUUGCAACAACGUAAAAAUGCAGGGAAGUGUCCACAGUGUAAUAGGAAGUGUUCCACGAAGGAUGUCAGGAAACUUUUUGCACCACGAAUUGUUGCUGCUGAUGGAGAAUCUCAAAAGAGAAUCAAGUCACUUGAAGCUACUUGUGCCUCUCUUGAGAAGAAGGAUGCAAAUUGGUGUAGAAAAGAAGUUGAAUGGAAAAAGAGAGAAACAGAUUUGCAAUUGAAGCUUCAAGAACUUUCUGAGAGGACAAAUUAUUUGGAGCAUUUAUUAGAAGAUUCACAGAGAAAACCUGUGCUAGCCAAUCUUGAUUGCACCUUUCAGGGGAAAUCUGUAUCUGAGCAUAAUUUUGGCUUAAGGUUUAGCAGCCAGGUUUCUUCUUGCAGUUUCAUAUUAAAGAAAGAGCUUAUGGUGGAUGGUGCACGAUUGAUCGAUGUAGAUGCCUCUAACCAAAUUGUUUUGGUUGCAAGAAGGCAGUCUGGUUUUGGUGGGACACAUGUACUUACGAAGAUAAGCUUAAUGUCUCCAUAUGAAAGGGAAGAUAUAGGAAUCCCCUUUUGUACUAAUGCUGUAAGGGACUUGCAUAUUUCUCCGGCUGCUAGAAACCUUGUGCUUUUUUCUUCAUUGGGGAAGAAAUUAGCUAUACUCAGUAUGGAAAGCAACCAUAUCAUCCUCGACUAUGAUUUACCGGAAGCUGCUUGGUCGUGUUCAUGGGAUCAGAAUAGUUCACACCAUGUUUAUGCUGGAUUGAAGAAUGGUUUGCUGGUGAUGUUCGAUAUGCGACAAACUGUGGGUCCCCUGAAAAUAUUACAAGGCUUGACAAACAAUCCAAUCCAUACAAUACAUUCUCUUUCAAGUUACUCAACUGUUUCUAAUGAUAAAUCUAUUUUAUCUGCUUCUGCAUAUGGCAUAUGUCAAUGGAACUUUGAUGCAUUAGAAGAAGGGCCGUUUUUGAUUCCAGAAACAAAUCAAGGAGUUUGUACAUCUCUUGCCUAUUGCUCAAGUAGAGACGAACUUGUUGCUUCUUACCGUCCCAAAGUUGGAAUGUCCAAUGAGAUAGUUUAUUCUCAGCCUUCACCUUCCCCUUCUCAUACUACUGGACAUAGAGUUGAUGGCUGUCACGUGGCAUUCAAGAAAGAAGACCAUCACCAAUUUUCGAAGUUGGGUUCAGCAUAUGCCAAUAUAGAUGCAAUACGCUUGCCAAAGUCUACCAUCAUAGAUCUCCAAGGCUGCAAUAGCUUGUUUGUAUCCGCAGAUGCAGUAAUGGGUGACUUGAUCUUGCAAGAAUUGCCUUCUUUUAGGUCUGUUCAGCAUCUUAAAGUGCAUAAGCAUCCUGUUCGUGAUGUGAAGUAUUCAUAUGGCUUCGAUCGAGGAUUGCUUAGUUGUUUAAGUGAUGAUAUCCUUCACCUUUUCUGCACCAAAGGCUCAUGAACGAGUAGGUUGAAUUUAUGGAUUAUCUAUGACUCUUAUGUUUAUCCUAUACAUGAUUUAUAUGCUAUAGUCAUCUGCAUUCUUGGUAUGCCAUGAUAACCCUCUCUUUCGAGUCUUCGACAUUCAUUCGAAUUCUUCCAUCAUGGAGCUAUGACAAAACUCUAGUUUUUGCAUCUCUAAUGAAAUGUUCGUACUAAGAAAAUUUCGGCAUUGUUCAUUAAAUAUUAAUAUUAUUUUUAUGUAUUUGAAAGUGGGAGAACACCACUUCUUGGUUUAA